UUGUAUAUUUUCUGCAGUGAAUGUGGUUUACCUGUGCAUGUCACUUUCCUAGGGCUGCCAUAAGUCACCACGAACUUGGUGGCUUCAAACCACAGAAGUGGGUUCCCCUACAGCUCUGGAGGCCAGAAGGUGGAGACCAAGGUGUGGACAGGGUUGUGCCUCCUCCAAAGGCUCUGGGAGAGGAUCUGCAGGGCCUCUUCCAGCUUCUGGCUCCUUCUGGAGAUCCCUGGCAUGGGCACCGCUCCAAAUCUCUGCCUGGGUCUCCUACGGCCUCUUCCCCCGGGUGCCUAUGUCCUCUUGUCUUCUUGUAAGGAUGUCAGUCAUUGGAUUUACGGCCUACCCUAAAUUCAUGAUGAUUUCAUCUUCAGAUCUUUAACUCAAUUAUAUCUGCAAAAUCUCUUAUUCCAAAUAAGGUCACCUUCCGAAUGUCUAGGUGGUUGUGAAGUUUUGGGGCACCACCGUCCACCACACUACAGUGAAUAAAAAAAUAAAGUUUAAAGGGAAACUAAAAAAUCAUUCUAGGGCUGGGUGCCAUGGCUCACACCUGUAAUCCCAGCACUUUGGGAGGUUAAGGCGGGAGGAUAGUUUGAGCCCAGGAGUUCAAGACCAGCCUGGGCAACACGGGGAGACACAAUCUCUACAAAAAACGUCCACCUCUACUAAAAAUACAAAAAUGAGCUGGGUGGUGGCGUGCGCCUGUAAUCCCAGCUACUUGGGAGGCUGAGGCACAAGAAUUGUAGUGCGUGGAGAUCGUGCCACUGCACUCCAGCCCGGAGUUAGGAGUGAGACUCUGUCCCAAAAAAAUAAAAUAGACAAAAGACACGAAGAGAAAUUUCUCCAAAGAAGAUGUACAAACGGCCAACAAGCACAUGAAAAGAUUCUCACCAUCAUCAGUCAUUAGGGUACUGCAAACCAUGUUUUGUCACUAUUCACGGGCAUUAAAUGUGCUGACUCACGCACAAAACAUUCCAUAAAGAAUAUCAGUGGGGGUACCGGAAAGGGUCUCACUGGAGGUGCUGGGGUCUUUAACCAGAAAGGCAAAGCCUUUGCCACUUUACUAUACCACUCCAGAGUUGCGGCCGGCUUACAGAAGCACCGUCCACGGAUGCAGAGUUCAGACACUCAAAUCUGCGAUCAGAGCUCCUGCAGGAGAUGGGGGUGGUGGGGGGGAGGGUCUCCCGGCUCUAGCAUCUGAGAUAAGUACAUCCUCCCACGGGCAAGAGAAAAACAAAUCUUAAAGCCGGAUGCGGGCCGGGCGUGGUGGCUCACGCCUGUAAUAUCAGCACUUUGGGAGGCUGAGGUGGGCAGAUCACCUGAGGUCAGGAAAUCGAGACCAGCCUGACCAAUAUAGUGAAGCCCCGUCUUUACUAAAAAUACAAAAAAUAGCCAGGCGUGGUGGCACACGCCUGUAAUGCCAGCUACUCGGAAGACUGAGACACGAGAAUCACUUCAACCUGAGAGACAGGUUGCAGUGAGCCGACAACACGCCAUUGCACUCCAGCCUGGGUGACAAGUGCGAAACCACGUGAAAAAAAAAAGAACAACAACAACAACAAAAAACAAGGCCCAGAUAAGGUGUCAUGCACGGGUAGUCCCAGCUACUUGGGAGGCUGAGGUCGGAGGAUCGCUUGAGCCCCAAAUUCGAGAACAGCCUGGGCAAAACCCUGCCUCUUAAAAACACCCCCAAAUCGUAAUAUCAAAUAUAAAUCCUUGCUCUCAAAUGGACAGUUCAUUACGUGGUACCGCGUCCUGCUGCGGAUCAAGGACACCUGGGUUGGUUAGGACAGCUAAGCGGGACGUCCAGGGCUGCUCGCCAGCGGCGGGUCUAGAUAUGAACUCGUGCUCGAGCAGCCCAGCGUCCUACAGCUCUGCUGUGAGGACGGCUGGCUCAUUAUCAGGCCCAGAAUCACGGGCUUAGAAACAUGAACAGGAAGUACGGUACCGAAAAGUGGAAACUUUAAGGUGCUUAUUAUUUUCCUCCUGCCUUGUUCCUGUAUGUGCCGCUUCACCGGUAUCACGUCCUGGGUCUGGUGGGACCCCGGCUUGGCUGCCCUACCGGAGGCUAAGAAAACUCCUCCCCCAGGGGCAGCCGUCGGGCCUCAGCCCGGUCUACAGCGGGAGAACGUGGCCCGUGCCACGGGUAACUGGUUGGGCCCCUGGUGCAGGUCUAGGGCCUGCAGCCAGGCUCGGGGCCUCCGGGGGUGCCCGCUGGCUGGGGUCUGAGGCGGCUUCUCUCGGGUACGGGAAGGCGGACUGCUGUGCAGCUGCGGGCUCGCUCGGGAAACCCAAAGUCACACGAAAGCGGCAGCACCACCGCGCCUGGGAUAUCGUCUCCCAACAUGGGGAGACAAAAUGGCCGCCACGCCCCGAGCCGAAAUUACAUCCGGGCUCCGCGGCACGCCCGAACCACAACUCCCAGAAUGCUCUGCAUCGACAGCGGGAGACGAGACGCGCUCGGGCGCCGCUUUGCUGCCGCUAGGCCCUGUGCUCCUCCCCGUAGCGGAAGGCCUACGAAUACGCGGUGUCUUACGUCGCUUCGUCCGUUCUUCGUUGCACUGGCCAACGGGACGCUUAGUCUUUCGGCAACGGGGUGAAACCUUCCUUGUGCCUGAAAAAACGGUACUUCGCGGUGUGGCUUCGGCGCCUGCGCAAAAGGCCGCGGGGCGCACUCCAGUUCCCGGCAGGCCCCGCGACGCGCGUUUGCGUGCUGACGCACGCAGUUAGUCGUGCUGACGUGCAGCGCGGCCCAGGCGGGGUGCGAGUGGCGCAGUCGGAGCCCGUUGCGGCCCCUGAGGAACCGAGGAGGCGUCGGCGUCGGCUGAGGCGGGCGGACCGGCGAGGCGAGGCGGCGGCCCCAGGCCCGAGGGACUCGGGAGCUCGAGCAGCGGCGGCGGCAAGACCUCUCCCCCUCGGAGGCGGCGGGCGGAGGCGGCGGGUGAGAGGGAGCGGUGGUGCCCCACCCGGGCACGGGGCCAUGUACAACGGGAUCGGGCUGCCGACGCCCCGGGGCAGCGGCACCAACGGCUACGUCCAGCGCAACCUGUCCCUGGUGCGGGGCCGCCGGGGUGAGCGGCCUGACUACAAGGGAGAGGAGGAACUGCGGCGCCUGGAGGCUGCCCUGGUGAAGCGGCCUAAUCCUGACAUCCUGGACCACGAGCGCAAGCGGCGCGUCGAGCUGCGAUGCCUCGAGCUGGAGGAGAUGAUGGAAGAGCAGGGGUACGAGGAACAGCAAAUUCAGGAAAAAGUGGCGACCUUUCGACUCAUGUUGCUGGAGAAGGAUGUGAACCCUGGGGGCAAGGAGGAGACCCCAGGGCAGAGGCCAGCGGUCACGGAGACUCACCAGUUGGCAGAAUUAAAUGAGAAGAAGAAUGAAAGACUCCGUGCUGCCUUUGGCAUCAGUGAUUCUUACGUAGAUGGCAGCUCUUUUGAUCCUCAGCGUCGUGCCCGAGAAGCUAAACAACCAGCUCCUGAGCCUCCCAAACCUUACAGCCUUGUUCGGGAGUCUAGCAGUUCUCGCUCACCAACCCCAAAGCAGAAGAAGAAGAAAAAGAAGAAAGAUAGAGGACGCAGGUCAGAGAGCAGCUCUCCUCGACGGGAGAGAAAGAAAAGCUCAAAGAAGAAGAAGCACAGGUCAGAAUCUGAGUCCAAGAAACGUAAGCAUAGGUCUCCCACUCCAAAGAGCAAACGUAAAUCUAAGGACAAAAAGCGAAAGCGGUCUCGAAGUACAACACCAGCCCCCAAGAGCCGCCGGGCCCACCGUUCAACUUCUGCUGACUCUGCUUCCUCCUCCGAUACUUCCCGCAGUCGGUCUCGAAGUGCUGCAGCUAAAACUCAUACGACUGCCUUGACUGGGCGAAGUCCUUCCCCUGCUUCAGGGCGACGCGGGGAGGGAGAUGCUCCUUUCAAUGAACCAGGUACUACCAGCACACAACGGCCUAGUAGCCCGGAGCCUGCUACGAAACAGCCUAGCAGCCCUUAUGAAGACAAAGAUAAAGGCAAGAAGGAGAAAUCUGCAACUCGACCUAGUCCCUCUCCGGAAAGGAGCAGCACAGGCCCAGAACCACCUGCUCCCACUCCGCUCCUUGCUGAGCGACAUGGCGGCUCCCCACAACCCCUUGCAACAACCCCCUUAAGCCAGGAGCCAGUGAACCCCCCAUCUGAGGCCUCUCCAACUCGGGACCGUUCACCACCUAAGUCUCCUGAGAAACUUCCCCAGUCUUCUUCCUCAGAGAGCAGCCCACCAUCCCCUCAACCUACCAAAGUUUCUCGGCAUGCCAGCUCUUCCCCAGAAAGUCCUAAACCUGCUCCAGCUCCAGGGUCCCACCGAGAGAUUUCUUCUUCUCCCGCAUCUAAGAAUCGCUCACAUGGCCGAGCAAAACGGGAUAAAUCACAUUCUCAUACUCCCUCCCGUAGGAUGGGGAGGUCCCGUAGCCCUGCCACCGCUAAGAGAGGGCGAUCUCGGUCUCGAACCCCUACCAAGAGAGGUCAUUCUCGAUCCCGAUCUCCCCAGUGGCGUAGGUCCAGGUCUGCACAGAGGUGGGGAAGAUCUAGAAGCCCCCAGCGACGUGGCCGCUCUAGGUCUCCUCAGCGACCAGGCUGGUCUAGGAGCAGAAAUACCCAGAGAAGAGGCAGGUCUAGGUCAGCAAGGCGAGGGAGGUCCCACUCUAGAUCCCCAGCCACUAGGGGUAGAUCUCGUUCUAGAACACCAGCCCGCCGGGGCAGGUCCCGCUCUAGAACACCUGCCAGGCGGAGAUCACGAUCCAGAACACCCACCAGGCGUAGGUCUCGGUCUAGAACACCAGCCCGGAGGGGCAGGUCUCGGUCUAGAACACCUGCUAGGCGCAGAUCUAGGACCCGAUCACCAGUACGACGCAGGUCUCGUAGUAGAUCACCAGCCAGGAGAAGUGGCAGGUCACGCUCUAGAACCCCAGCUAGACGUGGCCGCUCACGCUCCAGAACCCCAGCCAGACGUGGCCACUCACGCUCUAGAACCCCAGCUAGACGCAGUGGUCGCUCACGCUCCAGAACACCAGCCAGGAGAGGGAGGUCUCGGUCUAGGACACCAAGACGAGGGAGAUCCCGCAGUAGAAGCUUAGUUAGACGUGGAAGAUCUCACUCUAGAACACCUCAAAGAAGAGGCAGAUCUGGCUCAUCUUCGGAGCGGAAGAACAAAUCCAGAACAUCUCAAAGAAGAAGCAGGUCCAAUUCAAGCCCAGAAAUGAAGAAAUCUCGCAUUUCUUCAAGGCGGAGCAGGUCUCUCUCUUCACCACGGUCCAAAGCAAAAUCUCGCUUGUCUUUGAGGCGCAGCCUUUCAGGGUCUUCCCCAUGCCCUAAACAAAAGUCACAGACACCACCCAGGCGUAGUCGCUCUGGAUCCUCCCAACCUAAAGCUAAAUCUAGAACGCCACCCAGACGCAGUCGCUCCAGUUCUUCUCCGCCACCUAAACAGAAAUCUAAGACACCAUCAAGACAAAGUCAUUCCAGUUCAUCUCCUCAUCCUAAAGUGAAAUCUGGAACACCACCGAGGCAAGGGUCCAUAACAAGUCCCCAGGCCAAUGAGCAAUCUGUAACGCCACAAAGACGGAGCUGUUUUGAAUCAUCACCUGACCCUGAGUUGAAAUCUAGGACCCCUUCUAGACAUAGCUGCUCAGGGUCCUCUCCUCCUAGAGUGAAAUCUAGCACACCUCCCAGACAGAGCCCAUCUAGGUCAUCAUCUCCACAACCCAAAGUGAAGGCAAUAAUAUCACCAAGACAAAGAAGUCAUUCUGGCUCCUCUUCUCCAAGUCCUAGUAGGGUGACGUCGAGAACAACUCCACAGCGAAGCAGAUCAGUAUCUCCCUGCUCCAACGUGGAAUCCAGAUUGUUGCCAAGAUACAGUCAUUCUGGGUCCUCCUCACCAGAUACCAAAGUGAAACCUGAAACACCGCCAAGACAAAGUCACUCAGGGUCUAUUUCACCAUACCCCAAAGUAAAGGCCCAAACUCCACCGGGGCCAAGUCUUUCUGGAUCAAAGUCACCAUGUCCCCAAGAGAAGUCUAAAGACUCACUAGUUCAAAGUUGCCCUGGAUCCCUGUCUCUGUGUGCAGGAGUAAAAUCUAGCACACCACCAGGCGAGAGCUAUUUUGGUCUCUCAUCUCUGCAACUGAAAGGACAAUCUCAAACUUCACCAGACCACAGAUCUGAUACUUCAAGUCCAGAAGUGAGACAGAGUCACUCAGAAUCACCAUCUCUGCAGAGCAAAUCUCAAACAUCACCUAAGGGAGGUCGGUCCAGGUCUUCAUCUCCAAUCACUGAGCUGGCAUCCAGAUCUCCAAUAAGACAAGAUAGAGGUGAGUUGUCAGCGAGUCCUAUGUUGAAAUCUGGAAUGUCUCCUGAGCAGAGCAGGUUCCAGUCUGACUCUUCUUCAUAUCCUACAGUGGACUCGAAUUCUCUCUUGGGGCAGAGUAGAUUGGAGACUGCUGAAUCAAAAGAGAAAAUGGCCUUACCUCCUCAGGAGGAUGCUACUGCAUCACCUCCUAGACAGAAAGACAAAUUUAGUCCCUUUCCAGUACAGGAUAGGCCUGAGUCUUCACUGGUAUUCAAAGACACACCUAGAACCCCGCCAAGGGAAAGAAGUGGUGCUGGGUCAUCUCCAGAAACAAAAGAGCAAAAUAGUGCGUUGCCUACGUCAAGCCAAGAUGAAGAGUUAAUGGAGGUGGUAGAGAAGUCUGAAGAACCCGCAGGCCAAAUCCUGUCUCAUUUGUCUUCAGAACUUAAAGAAAUAUCCACAAGUAACUUUGAAUCAUCUCCUGAAGUAGAAGAAAGGCCUGCUGUGUCUUUGACUCUUGAUCAGAGCCAGUCACAGGCUUCUUUGGAAGCAGUAGAAGUCCCUUCAAUGGCCUCAUCUUGGGGUGGGCCACAUUUUUCUCCAGAACAUAAAGAACUGUCUAACUCCCCACUCAGGGAGAACAGCUUUGGAUCACCUUUAGAAUUUAGAAACUCAGGCCCACUUGGUACAGUAAUGAAUACUGGAUUUUCUUCUGAGGUUAAAGAAGAUUUGAAUGGACCUUUUCUUAAUCAGCUGGAAACAGAUCCAUCUCUAGACAUGAAAGAACAAUCGACAAGAUCCUCUAGACACAGCAGUUCUGAGUUAUCCCCAGAUGCAGUGGAAAAGGCAGGGAUGUCUUCAAAUCAGAGCAUCUCUUCACCUGUGCUUGAUGCUGUACCCAGAACACCCUCGAGAGAAAGAAGUAGUUCUGCAUCUUCUCCUGAAAUGAAAGAUGGUUUACCCAGAACUCCAUCAAGGAGAAGCAGGUCUGGGUCUUCUCCAGGACUUAGAGAUGGGUCUGGGACUCCCUCGAGGCACAGCCUGUCUGGGUCCUCUCCUGGAAUGAAAGAUAUACCUAGAACACCAUCUAGAGGGAGAAGCGAAUGUGAUUCUUCUCCAGAACCGAAAGCUUUGCCUCAGACUCCUAGGCCGAGGAGUCGUUCUCCAUCAUCCCCAGAGCUCAACAACAAGUGUCUUACCCCCCAGAGAGAAAGAAGCGGGUCAGAAUCAUCAGUUGAUCAGAAAACUGUGGCUCGGACUCCCCUGGGGCAGAGAAGUCGUUCGGGAUCCUCUCAAGAACUUGAUGUGAAACCCAGUGCAUCCCCUCAGGAAAGAAGUGAGUCAGACUCUUCUCCAGAUUCUAAAGCCAAGACACGAACCCCACUUCGGCAGAGGAGUCGGUCUGGAUCAUCUCCAGAGGUUGACAGCAAAUCUCGACUAUCCCCUCGGCGCAGUAGGUCUGGUUCCUCCCCUGAAGUGAAAGAUAAGCCAAGAGCAGCACCCAGGGCACAGAGUGGUUCUGAUUCCUCUCCUGAACCUAAAGCUCCAGCCCCUCGGGCCCUUCCCAGACGAAGCAGAUCAGGUUCAUCAAGCAAAGGCAGAGGCCCUUCUCCUGAAGGAAGCAGCAGUACCGAGUCCUCUCCUGAACAUCCGCCCAAAUCCAGAACUGCUCGCAGAGGUUCCAGGUCAUCACCAGAGCCCAAGACCAAGUCUCGUACACCACCUCGACGUCGCAGCUCUCGAUCAUCUCCUGAGCUAACAAGGAAGGCCAGACUGUCCCGUAGAAGCCGCUCUGCCUCUUCCUCACCAGAAACUCGCUCUAGAACUCCCCCAAGGCACCGGAGAAGUCCCUCAGUGUCUUCCCCGGAGCCAGCUGAAAAGUCGAGGUCUUCACGCCGACGGCGCUCAGCUUCAUCUCCACGCACUAAGACAACCUCAAGGAGAGGCCGCUCUCCUUCGCCAAAGCCUCGUGGACUCCAGAGGUCCCGUUCCCGCUCAAGGAGAGAGAAAACAAGAACAACCCGACGUCGAGAUAGGUCUGGAUCUUCUCAGUCAACCUCUCGGCGAAGACAGCGGAGCCGGUCAAGGUCGCGGGUUACUCGGCGGCGGAGGGGAGGCUCUGGUUAUCACUCAAGGUCCCCUGCCCGGCAGGAAAGUUCCCGAACCUCCUCUCGACGCCGAAGAGGCCGCUCUCGGACACCCCCAACCAGUCGGAAGCGUUCUCGCUCACGCACAUCACCAGCCCCGUGGAAACGCUCUAGAUCUCGAGCCUCUCCAGCCACUCACCGGCGAUCCAGGUCCAGAACCCCCCUGAUAAGCCGACGUAGGUCCAGGUCUCGAACUUCACCAGUCAGCCGGAGACGGUCAAGGUCCAGGACUUCAGUGACUCGACGAAGAUCCCGGUCAAGAGCAUCCCCAGUGAGCAGAAGGCGAUCCAGAUCCAGAACGCCGCCAGUAACCCGCCGUCGUUCAAGGUCUAGAACGCCAACAACACGCCGCCGCUCCCGUUCUAGAACUCCACCAGUGACUCGCAGAAGGUCUAGAUCCAGGACUCCACCAGUAACCAGGAGGCGAUCUCGAAGCAGAACUUCGCCUAUCACUCGCAGAAGAUCAAGAUCCAGAACAUCUCCGGUCACCCGAAGGAGAUCUCGAUCUCGCACAUCUCCGGUAACUCGAAGAAGGUCCCGCUCUCGAACUUCACCAGUGACACGCCGCCGCUCUAGGUCCCGGACACCUCCAGCUAUUCGGCGCCGCUCUAGAUCUCGAACGCCACUGUUACCACGCAAACGUUCUCGAAGUCGCUCCCCACUUGCUAUCCGUCGCCGCUCCAGAUCCCGUACUCCACGAACAGCUCGGGGUAAACGGUCCUUAACAAGAUCUCCUCCAGCCAUCCGCAGGCGUUCUGCAUCUGGAAGUAGUUCUGAUCGUUCACGAUCUGCUACUCCUCCAGCAACAAGAAAUCAUUCUGGUUCACGGACACCUCCAGUAGCACUCAACAGUUCGAGAAUGAGCUGCUUCAGUCGUCCUAGCAUGUCCCCAACACCUCUUGAUCGCUGCAGAUCACCUGGAAUGCUUGAACCCCUUGGCAGCUCUAGAACACCCAUGUCUGUCCUGCAGCAAGCCGGUGGCUCCAUGAUGGAUGGUCCAGGUCCCCGAAUACCUGACCACCAGAGAACAUCUGUGCCGGAAAAUCAUGCUCAGUCCAGGAUUGCACUUGCCCUGACAGCUAUCAGUCUUGGCACCGCUCGGCCUCCUCCGUCCAUGUCUGCUGCUGGCCUUGCUGCAAGAAUGUCCCAGGUUCCAGCCCCGGUGCCUCUCAUGAGUCUCAGAACCGCCCCAGCAGCCAACCUUGCCAGCAGGAUUCCUGCAGCCUCUGCGGCAGCCAUGAACCUAGCCAGCGCCAGGACACCUGCCAUUCCAACAGCAGUGAACCUGGCUGACUCUCGAACGCCAGCUGCAGCAGCGGCCAUGAACUUGGCCAGCCCCAGAACAGCGGUGGCACCUUCGGCUGUGAACCUGGCUGACCCUCGCACUCCCACAGCCCCAGCUGUGAACCUAGCAGGGGCCAGAACCCCAGCUGCCUUGGCAGCUCUGAGUCUCACAGGCUCUGGCACACCACCAACUGCUGCAAACUAUCCCUCCAGCUCCAGAACACCACAGGCUCCAGCCUCUGCAAACCUGGUGGGUCCUCGGUCUGCACAUGCCACAGCUCCUGUGAAUAUUGCCGGCUCCAGAACCGCUGCAGCCUUGGCCCCCGCGAGCCUCACCAGUGCUAGGAUGGCUCCAGCAUUGUCUGGUGCAAACCUCACCAGCCCCAGGGUGCCCCUUUCUGCCUACGAGCGUGUCAGUGGCAGAACCUCACCGCCACUCCUUGACCGAGCUAGGUCCAGAACACCACCGUCUGCCCCAGGCCAGUCUAGGAUGACCUCUGAACGGGCUCCCUCCCCUUCCUCUAGAAUGGGCCAGGCUCCUUCACAGUCUCUUCUCCCUCCAGCACAGGAUCAGCCGAGGUCUCCUGUGCCUUCUGCUUUUUCAGACCAAUCCCGUUGUUUGAUUGCCCAGACCACCCCUGUAGCAGGGUCUCAGUCCCUUUCCUCUGGGGCAGUGGCAACCACCACGUCCUCUGCUGGUGAUCACAAUGGCAUGCUCUCUGUCCCUGUCCCUGGGGUGCCCCACUCUGAUGUGGGGGAGCCACCUGCCUCUACUGGGGCCCAGCAGCCUUCUGCAUUAGCCGCCUUGCAGCCAGCAAAGGAGCGGCGGAGUUCCUCCUCCUCGUCGUCGUCCUCCUCCUCCUCCUCUUCAUCAUCAUCGUCGUCCUCCUCCUCCUCCUCCUCUGGCUCCAGUUCUAGUGACUCAGAGGGCUCUAGCCUUCCUGUGCAACCUGAGGUGGCACUGAAGAGGGUCCCCAGCCCCACCCCAGCCCCAAAGGAGGCUGUUCGAGAGGGACGUCCUCCGGAGCCAACCCCAGCCAAACGGAAGAGGCGCUCUAGCAGUUCCAGUUCCAGCUCCUCCUCUUCAUCUUCCUCCUCCUCCUCCUCCUCCUCUUCUUCCUCCUCCUCUUCCUCUUCUUCUUCUUCCUCCUCAUCUUCCUCCUCCUCCUCGUCUUCCUCCCCUUCCCCUGCUAAGCCUGGCCCUCAGGCGUUGCCCAAACCUGCAAGCCCCAAGAAGCCACCCCCUGGCGAGCGGAGCCUCCUCCCUGUCUCCCCGUCUCCACGCCAUUCUCUUCCACAUGUAGCCAGAGGGACCUUUCUAAAACGCACAUCUGGCUACUUCCCUCCACUCCACAAAUCCUUCGGGACGCCCUGUGGCCUGCAGGACAAAGCCCCACCUCUGCGGGAGUGGCGUGUGAGGCUCUUCACCAACGGGCCUUGCCCGCCCUGUGUUCUCCUCCUGCCCGCCCCCACACAUGCCCUGUGCUCCAGCCACACCCAGCGCCUUGCAGUCUAAGGAGAGCCCAUGCCUUUGGACAUGCUGUUCCUUCUGCCUGGAAUUUCCUUGUCCGCCUGGUGAACUCCUCGUUCUGCAAGACUCCGCUCAAAACAGCACCUUCGAGAAGACUGCCCUGCCCCUUCCCUGCCUUGCCCCAUGUCCCCCUCCCUUGGGUCCCCAGAGCCACGCACAUCCAGCCCUGCUUCCCACACACGGGGCCGUGCGUGCCUUUCUUCACCACUGAGCUCCUUCAAGGGCAGGGACUGUCUUUAUCUUUGCAUCCCCCGCUGCACCCUGUGCCUGCCCACUGGGCACUCGGUGGAUGGUGUGCGGGCGGAUGGGUGAGUGAGCGGACAAAGGUGGGUCUGAGGCUGGCCCUGUGUGGUGUGAGGUUUGGUGGUCAGGACCUGGGCGGGUGGUCCUGAGUGCUGGCCCGUGUGCUUGAAAGGGUGUGGUGCUAUUGGGUCCCACUGUGUUCCCCAGGUCCCGCAGUCCCCGGAAGCCAAUAGACUCCCUCAGGGACUCUCGGUCCCUCAGCUACUCGCCUGUGGAGCGUCGCCGUCCCUCGCCCCAGCCCUCACCACGGGACCAGCAGAGCAGCAGCAGUGAGCGGGGUUCCCGGAGAGGCCAGCGUGGGGACAGCCGCUCCCCCAGCCACAAGCGCAGGAGGGAGACACCUAGCCCUCGGCCCAUGAGACAC